AUGGCGCCGCUGGUCGCCGGCGUCGUGCGUCUCGCCGCGGCCUCCCGCGUGUUAGUCCUCUCCCUCUACCUGCUCGCCCGCCUCCUCUUCCGCCCCUACGACACCUCCGCCACUCUCAACCCACCCUGCCUCUCCUCUACCCCCUUGUCCCCGGAUCCCAACACGCCCGUCUCCACCGCUAUCUCGUCGCUGGCAGUGUGGGACGGCGUCCACUUCGCCCGCCCCGCGGAGUGCGGCUACGAGUACGAGCAGUCCUUCGCCUUCCUCCCGCUCCUCCCCGCCUCCCUCGCGCUCCUCGCACGAUCGCUGUUUGCGCCGCUAGUGCCGAUACUAGGGUACAGGGCCGUUCUCGUGCUCUCCGGCUAUGUCCUCAACAACGUCGCAUUCGUUGCUGCCGCGGCCUACUUCUACAGAUUGUCUGUGCUAAUUUUGAAGGACCAGAAAGCAGCAUACCGAGCAUCUGUUCUGUUUUGUUUCAACCCUGCUUCUGUGUUCUUCUCAUCAUUGUAUUCAGAAAGUCUGUAUGCACUUUUUUCUCUUGGAGGCAUGUUCUACCUGUUUUCGGGUGCUAAUACUGUUGCAGUGAUAAUGCUCGCUCUGUCUGGUUCAGCUAGGUCCAAUGGAGCACUUAAUGCUGGUUAUUUCUGUUUUCAGGCCUUGCUACAAGCAUAUGAUGCCACUGCCCAAAAGAAAAGGCCCUUGUUGGCGAUGCAGACCCUUGUGAUUGGAGCUUUGCGCUCCAUUUUCAUAUUUGUACCUUUCUUUGCUUUCCAAGCAUAUGGAUAUUUGAACAUAUGCGUACAUGGGAGUUCGGAGGAAUUGAGGCCGUGGUGCAAAGCAAAAGUUCCCCUGUUGUAUGGAUUCAUUCAGAGCCACUACUGGGGAGUUGGUUUCUUGAGGUACUUCCAAGUGAAGCAGCUACCGAACUUUCUCUUGGCUUCACCAGUGCUUUCUCUUGCGGUUUAUUCUAUUGUCCAUUACUCAAAAUUGCUUCACCGACUUUUCCAAACAAGUAGCAUCCACAAGCAGAUUAUCACUGCUCUCGAGGAAAGGUCAGUUGUGUCAUAUAGAAGAUCCAAUGAUGUGACAAUUUUGAGUGAACUUUCUGCUGGCCUCACUAAGACAGCACAAGGAAACUCUACGGUUAAACAGAGAAAAUCAGUUGCUACCGAGACAGCUUCUGCAACGUUCCAUGAUGCCAUGUCACCUAACCAAAAUAUGGAAGAGAAUCAGGAUGCGUGCUCCAUACUACUACUUCCAUUCGUUCUGCAUCUGGUCUUCAUGACAUUCACAGCCUUCUUUGUGAUGCAUGUCCAGGUUGUCUGCUCUUCUCCAACUUCUACCCUUUCACGUAAGAACGGUGGGGGACCCCAGAUGCGUUAUCCAAUAGUGGAUUAUCUCAACUACUUGGACCUGAAGGUUUACCUAGUUGGCGAGGUGGCACUCGAUGGCCAAUCGAUUCAUCUAAUUCGUUUAUCUGACCACCCUACGCAAAAAGAGCAGUGCCGGUCGUUAUCGAGCGCUGGACAGGUGGAAUUAGUGAUCAAUUCACAGUUGAGAUACAUCACAAUGGUUUCUUUGUUGGUCAUGGAAUCCACAGUUAAGGGUGUGGUGGUUACUUUCUGGAAAGGAUUUCCCAGAUGGCCUCAGGCGAUAGUUUUAGAUAAAGACACUUUAGUGAUGGCUUCAGUUGUGGACAGGGUGAAGACACUUGUGGUGUAUUUUGAUCAUGAGGCCAUUACAUCAGGCUUAGAUUGGGAUGAUGUAGUUGCAAACCCUGUUGCAUCCUUACCUAGAGUGAUUAGCCCUUCCAAGAGUCAGAGCAGGCAGAGGAACAAUGAGGCAGCAUAUGAUGAAGGCCCUGAAGAUUCACAGGACAACUCAAGUGAUGAUAGCGAUUUUCAUGAUAGUGAUUAUGACUUAGAGGAUGAUGAUGACCUUUUUGUUGACAAUGUUGAUGAACAUGUGACAGAUGAAGGUGUUGCCAAAGGGAAGAAAAUAGCUAAGGGAACCAAGAGGGCAGCAGGAAGGUCCAGUAUUGGAACAACAUUAGUUGCUCAUGAUGAUCAAGAAGAUGAGGACUCAACUGAUGAUGAUGGGCUACAAUUAGCUGAGUCUGAUGGUGAAGGUGAACCAGCAUUCAAGUUCAAGUCUUUCAAACCAAAGGACAUGGCCAACCUAGUGUUUAAGACUUAUAUUGGGAAACAUAGUUGCGAGAAGCAAUGGGUCUUGAAGAGUUGCACAACUACUUGGCUUGUUGAGAAAUACAUUGAGACAUUCAAAGCAGACCAAAAUAUGUCUCUGUCCAACUUUGCUAGGACAGUGCAGAAGAAGUGGAAUCUGAAACCAUCAAGGACCAAGCUUGCUAGAGCUAGAAGGUUGGCUAUGAAGAUGGUGAUGGGAGAUGAAGAGGAACAGUACAACAUGCUUUGGGAUUAUGCACAUGAGUUGAGGAAGACCAAUCCUAACAACACAUUAUACCUUAACCUAGAUGGCAACAUUUUCAAGUCAUUGUAUGUGUCUCUGGCUGCUUGCAAAAGGGGAUUUCUUGGUGGAUGA